AAUUAAUUGUAAUUUUGUGUUCUAGCUAUAAAUACAGCAAUGACUAUAUAAGAAUAGAUUUAUAUAUAUAAUGAAGAACACAACAGACCAUACCUUACCGGAAGAUAAUGGUGACAAAGAGAAAAUAAAUCAACAUGUAGAGCGUUCAUCUAAUGAAAUUCAGAAUAACAAUUUAAUUGAAGGUUGUAUGAAUACUUCAAAUAAUGGAUGCAUAGAAAGGAUUGAGGACAGAAGAUAUUCCUUAAGUAACUUAGGUAAAGAAAAAGACCAUUUAAUUGAACAUGAGUUGUCAAAAAGAGCCUUCUCGGAAAAUGAUGUUUCAUUUAAAGAUCCUAUUAAAAAAAUUUCGUUAAUAAAAAAUAAAAUUGAAGAUAAGAUCAUUUCCAGUGGGAAGAUAUGCAAAGAAUGUUUUGUUCAUAGCAUUCAAUCACAACUUAGUAUGCUUGGAAUUGUUUCUGCAUCAAAUAGAAAUAGUGAUGUUCUUGAAGAUGCUGAAAUAGCAAAUGACAUGACAGAAUGCAAUAGCCUGCUGGAAGCAACUAAUAAUGAGGGUGAAUGCUCAAAAGAAAAUAAUCAUGAAGGCCUUCUUAAAAGUUUACAUCGCAGAACUUUAUCAGAAAUAGAUUGGCAUGAGCUGACAAGGUUUGCACAAGGGGAAUUCUUUGAACCAGAAUCUUCAACAGCUAAAGAAAUACGGCGUGUGAUGGAAGAAGGUAAAGAUGAGCUUUCCAGCGCUUUCAAACUUAUGCAGAACAUGGAUUUUGAUUUUGUUGUUGAAGAAGCAGAAAAAUGUGUUCAGUGUGUUAUAAACACUGGUUGGCGUGUUGUAUCACAUUGGGAAUUACCACAGUGGCUAAGGGAUAAUGAUUUCUUGUGGCACAUGCACCGACCACAACUCCCAUCAAUGAAGGAAUGUUUUUGCAGUAUGUUUAGAAUCCACACCGAAACAGGGAAUAUUUGGACUCAUUUUGUCGGUCUUAUUUUGGUUGUCGUUGCAAUGUUGUUUUUGUACUUACGACCCAGUACAGAUUUGGGUGAUUUCCCCAAAGGCUGGGAAGAAUAUCUUGUCUUCACUGCUUUUUUUAUUGGCGCCAUCACUUGUUUGAUGUUCUCGUGGUUGUAUCAUACUUGCUCAUGCCAUUCGAAGAAGACUUCGAAAUUAUUUAGCAAACUGGAUUACACCGGCAUCUCUUGUAUGAUUAUGGGAUCUUUUGUGCCUUGUAUAUAUUAUGGCUUUUACUGUCAAUUCUACGAGAAACUUAUUUAUUCUGUUUGUGUUACCGUUCUUGGCGUUGCUAGUAUCAUUGUUGCAUUGUGGGAUAAAUUUGCCACUCCAGCAUUCCGUCCAAUUCGAGCAGGUGUGUUUUUGGCUCUGGGUUGUUCUGGUAUAGUUCCUGUCAUACAUAUGUUAACUCUGUAUGGUGUCCAUCAAGGUGCAGAACAGGGCGCUGUCGGGUGGCUUGCUUUAAUGGGUGUUUGUUAUAUCAUUGGGGCGGUGUUGUACGCCAUGCGUGUUCCAGAAAGAUUUUUCCCGGGAAAAUGCAAUCUUAUGUUUCAAAGCCAUCAGAUAUUUCACGUACUUGUUGUUCUUGCUGCGUUUAUUCAUUUGCACGGUUGCUGUGAAAUGGCUUCGUAUCGAAUGCGUGCUGGUAGAAACUGCUCCGCCAUCAUUCCAGCCGCUCAAACCUUUCACAAUUCAACGAUCAAUUCAAGCUUUUAAAAGCACCUUCCAUAAAAACAAUCGAAGUACCAACUAAAAAUGGUGGGCAGUCGCCAUUGAAAUGACUUAUUUUUAUACAAUUUAAAGAUGCCUUUUUUGUUUACGCCGAGUUUCACAUAGUCGGCAACGCAACCUACAUUUUAUGGACUGUACACGAGGUUGACUAAAAGAGUUACUAAAGAAGCCUUUUAAAGUUUUGUUGUGUUUAUUUAUUUAUUUUUUGAUACUCAGAUUUUUAUCAGUUGUAUGGUCUGGGAACUGGUUUAUCUCGUAUAAAUUUGCACAACUUUUUAUAUGCGAAUUUCUGGUUGGUUUAUUAUGUGUAGUUAGCUACUAUUUUACAACUAGAACCCAAUCCACUAAGUAUAUUUAGUAUUACCAAGCCUUUUCUUCAACAUAUAAAAAAAAUUCUACGUUGCGGGUAGCACUAAAGAUUACCCCAUUAGAUUCGGCAGAUGACCAAAAUGACAGAUCUUUAUUCAGUUUUGUUGUGUUCUAUAUUCCGUCGUUCUAUGAAAUACACACAAGAAUUGCGAUGAAAUAUUUUUGUAUUAUGAUUUACUAAUGAAAAUAUAAAUAAGCACGA